AUGGCUGCAGUUGUCACCUGUAUAAGCAUCAUCGCCUGCUCAGUGGGAUGUGUUACGCUGCUCGGUUGGGAGAUCGGAGUACUUGAAGCUGUCAUUCUGGUGCUCGUCGUUGGUCUCUCAUUUGACUACACGCUGCACUUUGGAGCGGCGUUGCCCAAGACCGGCUGCAAAUUACACCGAAUCCAACGAGCAGCUCAACUUGCUGCAGUGCCCGUUUCCUUAUCUGCCUCAACUUCAUUCCUCGCUGGAGCGUGCAUGCUCUUUUCUCAGACGCAUGCUUUCUCCCAAGUCGGUGUAUUCCUCAUAGUGCUAACCCUGUGCAGUUGGGUUUUCGCUACGUUUUUCUUUCUUCCUCUACUGUUCUUCACACUUCGCUCCACAAAUCGAUGCGACAAAUGUGAAGCCUCGUCUGCACCUUCAUAUCCGAUGAACGAGAAAUCUGGCUCAUAA